AUGGAGAAAGGAAAUUUAGACAACUCAAGUGAUGAGUUUAAUGUGAUAUUUGAGAAAGUUUCGGACAAACUGAAAGAGAAUGCUGAUGUGCAUGGUCUUUCAGAAGAAUUUGCAAAAUUUCAGACUAAUGAAGAAAGAAUUAAAUUUGGGUUGAGUCUGGAUUGCAUACAAGAUGUUAUUAAAAUUGAACCAAAAUAUGAGAAAAAGACUUCAGCAGAGUCCAAGAAACUACGUAGUAAAGGCAACACUGCAUUUCAGAAAAAACAGUUUGAUAAAGCUUUGUACUUAUACACAGAAAGUGUGAUGACUGCUCCUAUUCAAGAGGAAUCAAACUGUGAGGAACUUUCUCUAGCAUUUGGUAAUAGAGCAGCAGUAUUACUACAUAUGGGGAAAUUUGAAUAUUGUCUUGAUGACAUUGAUCGAGCAUUUGAAUAUGGUUACCCCGAAGACCUCAAGUAUAAACUUUAUGAUCGCCGAGGGCAGUGUUUUUAUAACUUGAAAAGAAAAUUUGAUGCCAUAGCAUGUUUUAAAGAUGCCAUGUCUUGGGUAGAUAAAAGUAAACUUGAUAGAAAAAAGAGAAAAUCUUUCAAGGUUUGUCUUGAUAAACAACUUGAUAAGUGCCAGAAAAUGAUGGAAUCGACUGAAUCUGUUGGUUUACAGAAGAAAUUAAAAAUACCACCAAAGCUCAGCUAUGGAUCAAAUCUGCAUGUUCCUUGCAUGUCUAGUGCUGUUACCAUUGAAUCCAGUCCUGAUAAGGGACGCUAUGCUGUUGCCACACGUGAUGUCAAAGUUGGUGAUGUUCUGAUUGUUGAAAAUCCCUACUCCUCAGUAGGCUUACAGCCCUGCAAUGUGAGUCACUGUCAUCAUUGUUAUAUCCGAGUUCUUGCUUCUAUUCCGUGUCUUCAAUGUGCUGGCAUUGUCUACUGCAGUAAAGAAUGUCGCAAUGCAUCAUGGGAGAUGUACCACAAUCUGGAAUGCCAUCAUCUUGACUUAAUCCAAGAAUUAGGUCUGGGAAUGGGUCAUCUUGCGCUACGAACUAUUAUUCGUACUGGUCUCGCCUUUCUUCUUAAGUUCAGGGAGCAGUCUGCAAAUGUGAAUAUUCCUGACGAGUCGUUCCAUGGUUGUACUGUAGAUGGAGAAUAUGAAAGCAAUUACUACAGCGUCUACAAUCUAGUUGGGCAUUCUGAAGACAGAAAACCCGGUGAUUUAUUCAAACGAGUUGUCAAAGCUGUAUGUUUACUUAGAUGUUUACAGCAGACGAAUUUUUUCCAAUCAGUUGGUGCUGAUAAUGAAGAAGACGUGGCUAUUUUUAUAGGUGGUCAUAUGCUCACGCAUCUACAAACCAUACCUUGUAAUGCACAUGAGAUAUCAGAAUAUGAGCUUUGGCGAUCAGAUAUCACCAAAUGCCACUUUGUAGAAGUCGGUUCUGGACUCUACCCAACAAUGAGUUUAGUCAAUCAUUCCUGUGACCCUGUUGUGACACGUAACUGUUAUGGUGAAACAUGUGUUGUUCGCGCAAUCAGAAAUAUAUACAAAGGUGAGGAGAUAACCGAUAACUACGGCUACUUAUAUCCAGUGCAUGACAAAUCAGAACGUCAAACAAGACUGAAAUGGCAGUACUUUUUUGAGUGUAAAUGUGAUGCAUGUGUCCACGACUGGCCAUUAUAUCCAGACAUCGAAGAUCUACUUCCCAAAUAUAAAUGUGAAAAGUGUCACAAGUUACUAAAGCUUCCUGCAGUGCCAAACAUGAAAUCAGUGACGUGUGCAAAGUGCCAGUGCACUCAAGAUAUAAUGCAAAGAUUAUCAAGAUUUGCAACUUCCAAUACUUUGUACAAAGAUGUGUGGAAUAACGUUUUAAAUGGAAAAUUUGAAGGAGCGCAAUCAACAUUGAAUACCCACCUUAUACUGAUGGAUGAUUUAUUUUGUCCACCAUGGAAAGAUAUCAAUAACUGUCAGGAAGCGUUGAAACAAUGUUUCAAUGUCAUUGCCAAUUGUACUGUUAUUGACUAA